AUGAACUCUCCCGACAAGACGGACGCGACUGCGUCCGUGCAGGCCAUGGCCACCCCCGCCAAGGAAAAGGACGGCCGCGAGGAGAGCACGCGCAUUCCCUACAAGCCGAAUCCGCACCCCAGCUUCUUCUCGCGGCUCUUCUUCUUCGACGCGAGCCCGCUCAUCAAGUGCGGGCUGCAGGGCAUCGAGCCUGAGAACCUGCUGGACCUCGACACCUUCAAGACCGGCAGGCUGUACGACACGUUCGAUGAGGCGUGGCAGGAGGAGCUGGCGUCCGGGAAGCCCAACAUCCGCAAGGCGCUGCUCAAGGGGAAUGUCCUGGUGCUGCUGUGGACGGCCUUCCUCUACGCGGUCUCGCAGGCCUGCACGUUCGCGGGCCCGCUGCUCCUCCAGGAGAUCGUCAAGGGCCUCGCCUGCCGCCAGAACGUCCCGGAGGCCCUCGUGGACGAGGUGUGCGUCAGCGAGAACCGGCUGUACAUCUACGCCGGCGUCAUCAUCGGGGCGCCGGCCAUCAUCUCGCUGUGCGAGAACCACCUCACCUACUCCAUGGGCCUCCUCGGCUGCAAGCUCCGCAACGCCCUCAUGGCCGCCAUCUACCGCAAGUGCCUGCGGGCCUCCGGCGCGAGCCUCCAGGCGGAGAGCACGGGCAAGAUCGUGACGCUGAUGAGCAACGACGCGCAGAAGUUGCAGGACGUGACGCUCGCGCUGCACCCGUGCUGGGGCAGCCCGCUCUACAUCGUCGCGAUCAUGGUCUUCCUCUGGGACGUGAUCGGCUGGGCGAGCCUCGUCGGCGCCGGCGCGAUGCUGAUGCUGGGGCCCCUGACUGGCAUCGUGGCCUCCAAGCUCGUGGCGCUGCGCAAGGCCAUCAUCGGGUACACCGACAAGCGCGUGACCAUCAUGAACGAGAUCGUCGCGGGCAUCCGCGUCCUCAAGUACUACGCGUGGGAGACCCCGUUCAUGAAGUCGGUGCGCGAGUGGCGCGCGCGCGAGGCGGAGAAGCUCCGCAGCCAGGCGUACCUCUCGGCCCUGUUCGCGAUGGUGCUCAUGGCGGGCCCCGUGGCCGUGGGCAUCUUCUCCUUUGGCAGCUACGGCAUCGCGGGGAAGGACCUGACGACCGCGGACGCGUACGCGGCGCUCGCGUACUUCAGCAUGCUGCGCUUCCCGAUGUCGUUCUUGCCGCUGAUCAUCUCGCAGCUGAUCAACGCCAACAUUGGCCUGAACCGCAUCCAAGGGUUCCUGAUGCGCGCGGAGGCCGAGGAGCAGGAGGACGACGGCGGGGUGCCGCGCGGCGCCGUCGAGAUGAAGGGCGCGACGCUGUCGUGGUACGACGCGGACGCGGACGCCGAGGCGGAGCAGGAGGCGGGGGCCGACGCGGGGGGUAAGAGGAAGAGGAGGGGGGAGAAGAAGAAGAGCAAGGCGGACGAGGAGGGCGCGGAGAAGUCGACGAAGAGCUCGCGGCGCGGCGGCGUGGGCCCCGCGCUGCGCGACGUGACGCUCAGCGCCAAGCCCGGGCAGCUGGUGGUGGUGGCGGGCGGCGUGGGGAGCGGGAAGAGCAGCCUGCUCGCGGCGCUCAUCGGCGGCAUCAACCGCACGGCGGGCACGGUGCACGUCGGCGGCAGCCUGGCGUACGUCGCGCAGACGGCGUGGAUCCUGAACGCGACGGUGCGCGACAACAUCACGUGCGGGGAGAAGUGGAACCCGGAGCGGUACGAGCUCGCGGUGCAGGUGUCGCAGCUGGAGCAGGACCUCGAGAUCCUCCCGGACGGCGACCAGACGGAGAUCGGGGAGCGCGGCAUCAACCUCAGCGGCGGGCAGAAGCAGCGGGUGUCGAUCGCGCGCGCGGUGUACGCGGACGCGGACGUCUACGUGCUGGACGACCCGCUCAGCGCGGUGGACUCGCACGUCGGGCGCGCGAUCUUCGAGGAGUGCAUCUGCGGCGCGCUGAAGCCCAAGACGGUGGUCCUGGUGACCAACGCCCUGCACUGCCUCCCGGAGGCCGACACGGUGCUGUGGCUCGAGGACGGGCGCGUGGCGGCGCAGGGCACGUACGACGAGCUCAUCGCGUCCGGCCUCGACGUCGCGGAGAUCCUGAAGCGCAACAUCGGCUCCGACGACGCCGACGACGACUCCGACACCAAGACCGAGAAGAUCCGCGCGGAGGCGACGCGCGACCCGGCGCGCAGCAAGUCCACCGCGAGCGUCGCGAGCUCGCGCGGCACCGCGAACCUCACGGGCAUCGAGGAGCGCGAGGCGGGCGCGGUGUCGUCCAAGGUGGUCAAGGCCUACUCCGGCGCGGCGGGCGGCGCGCUCUUCCUGGUGCCGCUCGCGCUGCUCUUCGCGUGGGACGCCGCGCUGCGCGUGGGCACGGACUACUGGCUCGGCGUGUGGACGGAGGACCGCGUCGACGGCAAGGGCAUGUGGUUUUACCUGGGGAUCUACACUGCGUUUGGCAUCGUGUACUCGCUCGCGGUGUUCGUGCGCAGCGUCUUCUUCUACCGCGGCUCCGUGCGCGCGGCGGUCAACCUGCACAACGACCUCCUCGUGCACGUCCUGCGCCUCCCCAUGUCGUUCUUCGACACCAACCCCUCGGGGCGCAUCAUCAACCGGUUCAGCCGCGACGUGGAGAUCCUCGACAGCGUGCUCCCCAACACGCUCGUCCAGUUCCUCGGCUGCAUCGCCUCCCUCGCGGGGACCUUCGUCCUCAUCACCAUCGCGUCCUACUGGUUCCCCAUCGCCCUCACCGUCCUGGUCAUCCUCUACUUCAUCAUCCAGCGCUACUACAUCCCCGCCGCGCGCGACCUCCAGCGGCUCGAGUCCGUCACGCGGUCGCCCAUCUACAGCCACUUCUCCGAGGCCGUCAACGGCGUCGCCACCAUCCGCGCGUACAAGCGCCAGGACUGGUUCAUCCGCAGCAACGACGCCAAGGUCGACGCCAACGCCGCCGCGUACAUCUCGCAGAAGCUCGCCGCCGCCUGGCUCUCGAUGCGCCUCGACGCCCUCGGCCUCGUCGUCAUCGCCUGCGGCGGCGUGCUGUCCAUCGCGGGCAACGUCGACGCCGCGCUGGCGGGCCUCAUCCUGGUCUACGUCCUCGAGGUGUCCAAGUUCACGAAGCACAUGACCAACAUGGCGAGUCUGACCGAGCAGCAGCUCAACAGCGUGGAGCGCAUCGUGCAGUACCUCGAGCCCCCCACGGAGGCCGCCCCCGACACCGAGGACCCGAAGACCAAGGCCGUGGUCACGGCGCCCGGCUGGCCCGCGCAGGGGCGCGUGCAGGUGGACACCAUCAUGAUGCGGUACCGCCCGACGUCGCCGCUGGUGCUGCGCGGCGUGUCCUUCACGGUCGAGGCCGGCGAGAAGGUCGGCAUCUGCGGGCGCACGGGCAGCGGCAAGUCCUCGCUGUUCGUGAUGCUGUUCCGCCUCGUGGAGCCCGCGUCGGGGACCGUCUACAUCGACGGCGUGGACUACCGCGCCAUGGGCCUCGCGGACCUCCGCAGCAAGAUGGCCAUGAUCCCGCAGGACCCCUUCAUGUUCACGGGGACCGUGCGGACCAACCUCGACCCCUUCGAGGAGCACACGGACGCGCGGAUCUGGGAGGCCGUGGAGGCGGUGGGUCUGAAGCCGGCGGUGGACAACUUGGAAGCGGGCAUGGAUGCGCCGGUGGUCGACAGCGGCGCGAACUUCUCGCAGGGGGAGCGGCAGCUGUUCUGCCUGGCGCGGGCGCUGCUGCGCGGGAGCAAGAUUUUGAUGAUGGACGAGGCGACGGCCUCGGUGGACAUGGAGACGGACGCGCUGAUCCAGCGGGCGGUGCGGGAGAAGUUCACGGACUGCACCGUCCUGACGAUCGCGCACCGCCUGAACACGAUCAUGGACAGCGACCGCAUCCUGGUGAUGGACGACGGGCUCGCGGCGGAGUACCGGGAGCCCGCGGAGCUGUGCGAGGACGAGCAGAGCCUGCUCUCAAAGCUCAUCGACAACACCGGGAAGAAGAGCGCGGCGAUGCUGCGUCGUCUCGCGACGGAGGCGUCCAAGUCGCGGAAGGCCGCCAAGGGGCCGAGGAAGUAG